AUGCCCAGCCCCAUACCCUACCCGCCCUGCUGCGUGGUAUUCGUAUAUGCUGGCGAUGGCGAAUCUCUUGCGCAAGCCGCGCGAUCCAGUGAGUGGACGCACGUCCACGCCCUGGCUGGGCGAGGGAUUUCUGGCGUGCUCCUGCUCAAAGAUGCCGGCCAGCACACCGUGCUAACCUGCGAGUCCCUUGUCACUCAGUUCCUGGGCACGGAAGCAGCUGAAGGCGACAUUGCUGCCAGAUUCAAGAACCUGCGGCCGGUCUGCCUGGCGGACUCCGCCUCGGUCUGCGCCACCGCCGCUGGCAGCGGGUGCCUCAUCCAGCGGCUGGCCGCCGGCACCGCGCCGCAGGACGCGGCUGCGCUGGCAUCGCGGAACCUGGCCAAGGGCGCGCCAGCCGUCUUCCUGGCGGUGACCGACCCGGCGGCGGCAGGCGAAGGCGCCGCGCCAGCCAGCGCGUGGAGUGCUGCGCUGGCCUGGGUCCAGGCCUUCCUGGAGGCCGGGGCCCUGGAGGGCACACUGCUCACGAUCGUCUUUGCGGUGGAGGCGCCGCUGCCGGCGCCGCUGGCCUGCCGUGUUGCAGAGGCGGGCGGCGCGCAGCCGAUGCUCGCCCCCGCUGGCCCCGACUUCCCCCCCUUGCCCCGGCCCUGGCAGAGCUUCCAGGCGAGUGGGCCGACGGGGUUGGUCGACGUCAGCAGGGCAUGCGUGGGGCUGACCCUGCAGCACCUCCCAGGCGUCACCAGGUGUGAUCUGAUGGAGAGCUUCCAGCCGGAGGCCAUCUGCCAAAAGGGCGGGGCAGGCAUGAUCCUGGCGGAGAGCUUGUUGGCCGAGCUGGCGUUUAAGAUCGGGCAUGCACCCAAGUACGGGGCGUAG